AUGAUUGUCCUCAGCGAGCCCUCAAAUCAUUUUGCUGACCGUGACUACCUUUUGGCACUUUUUGAGCACAAACCUGAUGGAAGGUUACUGCUUUACCAUUUCCCCUCGAAUGAACUCACCGUACUUGUCGAUGGCCUGUACUAUCCAAAUGGUGUGCAGUUCGAUUACCUCGAAAGAUGUGUAUUUUUCUCCGAAAUGGGCAAUUUACGAAUACUCAAACAUUGUUUGGCAUCCGGGUAUGGAAGCUUCAGCGUUGUGAUGGACAAUCUGCCUGGAUAUCCUGAUAAUCUUCGAGCAACACGUGAUUUUAUGCUGUGGGUGCCAUUUGGAGAAACACGCUUGAAGGACGACUCGUGGCUCACCGAAAAACCAUGGCUCAUGGAUUUCAUUGCAACG